AUGGAAGUCCUGAUGGUGCACAUAAACUGUUUGAUCGAAGGUCUAGGAGAACAACAGGCUUUUGUCGGCACAUUCUAUGAAAGCAUAGCUUCGGCUUCGUUUUAUAAAUCAUAUCUUGGCCAGACCGUACGCAACAGUGGCUAUGUUCCACCGAAGUACGUAAACGGAGGAAUAUACUCGAGAAAAUACGAUGUUUACAGUUUCGGUGUACUUAUACUACAGAUCCUAAGUGGGGAGAAGACUGCAUGUCUAUACGGUUUGCAUAAGAACGUAAACCUUCUAGAGCCUGCAUAUGAAAUUUGGGAAGGCGACAAAUGCAUGGAUUUUAUGGAUCCAUCACUGGACAAUAAUUCAUCCCCAUGCAAAAUGAAGAGGUGCAUGCAAGUGGCUUUGUUGCGUGUUCAAGAAAAAUGGGAAGAUAGGCCAUCUAUGUUGGAUGUUUCAUCGAUGCUAAAAAGUGAAACGGAAAUCGUGCCGACUCCUAAAAUUCCUGCUUUCUCGAUAAAUAAAACUUCACAUCUCGAAUCUGUUUGUUCGGAAGUAUACAGUAUACAGUUCGGAAGUAGAAGUUUGUUCGGCCAACAUGUUGACAAUUACCCAAGAAAUACCCCAAUAAUGCUUCAAUCUUCAACCAAAGAGUCUGGAGUUGCAACUCACAUCUCGAAUGAGCCUGACGCUUGGUGA